AAGAAAUAGAUAAUAUGUUUUAUGUCUAAGUUGUCAAGGUAACGUUAAUGUAGGUACUAUAUUGGUGUUCACUCUUGGUAACAUAGGCCUAUCAGAAUGUCAAAACAUCACUAAAUUUCAAAGAAGCAUCACAGUAACCUUCUAAAUGGGUGAUGAAGAAGCUGCUACUCUCGAAGGACAAUUCUAUGAAUUUUCCAGAAUGUUAGAUAAUAAACGCGACGGCACUACCAUCACAUUAUAUCGGUCUGAUUUUUGGAUGCGUCAAGCAAAGCUAUUGGAUGAUAGAAAGCUUACGAUGACUGAUACUGGAAUAUUAUUUAAUAAAUUUAGUAAGUCUGAAUUAGACUGGGAUGAGUGGAACCAGUUUUUAGAUGAGGUUUGUGAAUUAAAAGAAUUUGACGAAGAAAAAUGUCGUGAAACUCUGACCAAUUGUGGGCUACCCGGUCAAACGCCAGUAUUAGUGCCUCAAUAUAGAGAUUUCUUUGCGACUUAUAAACCCAAAGAAAAAUUGCCGUUUUAAUCUAUAUUAUGCUAUCUGCUUCUUUAAAGGAAUUAAAGUUUUUUAAAUUA